AUGCUGAUCAUAAAAUAAUAACGAAAUCUUCUACGUAAAACAACUCUAAAAUAAUAAUUCAUUCCAUCAUCCCCAUAUACAUAAAGAAGAGCAAGUUGUUAUUGUGAUUAAUGUGGCAAACUUACACAUAUCUAAUCACUAUUCUUCAACACACCAUUAACAGUUCAGUAACAUCUUAAGUCUGAUCAAUCAACAUCUCUUAAGUUAACAUAAAUCAGAAAAUAAAUAUCAACUAGUUUUCAUUUAUAUAAUCCAUAAAAGAUGGAAAUGCAAAAAAGAAUAAAAAGAAGAAAGAGUUGUAAUUGUAAUAUAUGUGGAAAUUAAACAACCUUUCAUUAAACAACAAAUUAUAAGAUACCUAAAAGAUAGACAAUACAUUAAGACUCAUAUAGAAAUUUCAUCAUUAAAAAAUAACUUGGCAGAGUCUUUAAAGAAAUAUCAGACCAUAAUUUAAUUGAAUAAUCAACAAUAACUUCUCGUUCUAAUAGAGAUGCAAAAUUUAAAUGUAAUUGUAAAUCCCCUUUUCUAAUUAAACAUGAGAUGUCAAGAAAAGGAAGAGCAAUAUAAAAAUUUUAUGAAUCAAAAGCUUUCUUAUAAUCAAUAGACUUUAGAAGAUAAAAAACAGAAAAGUCUCCUCCAGAAGGAAAGCUAAUCAAACCUUAUAAUAAACUAUCAAAGUAUUCUAUGGCUUCAGAUAAAUUAAUGCCUUUAAUAAGAUUUAAAUCAACUUUGAAUUGA